GAAUGCAAAACCUGUCGAUAUCCUGCUCACUGGUCUGCCUCAUCAUAUUGGGCAGUGCCGCUCUGGUUGGCGCCUUUGGCGUCUGCCAGCGCCAAAUAAGUGCCAUACUCAUUACGGGCGUCAUGUAUCUGCUGGCAGCAUUGUUUGCGCUGUUCACGCUGAUGAUAAUCCACUUUAAGCGACAGCAGGGACGCCCGAUGCUGGACAGCGAUUACGAUGGCACCGUCGAUGGCAUUGUGGCGCGUCCGGGCGGUGUGGCCAUUGUGGCCAAGCCGCUGCUGGGCGCACGAGUCUUUCUCACGUCGUGGAGUCUGGAUUUGGGAUGGGGCGGCGUGGUGUUGUGCGCAAUAACAUCAGUGCUGUGGAUACUGCUGUCGAAGAUUAUGCGCUAUAACCCGUUCUCGGCACUGAUGAUUUAGCUAAACGCCCUGCCGCUCGGCGGCUAUGGCAGCUAUGAUGGCUACGAUGGCUAUGAUGGCUAUUAUGGCAGCUACGGCAGCACCAACAGCAGCAACAGCAGUGGCGCCGCCAGCGCCAGUUACUUGCUUGGUGGCGCCACUACAACGUCGACGCGGCAAGCGGAGCAUCGGGGCAAGGGCAAAUAUAUACUCUGAGCUUCCCCAUUCAACUCCCCAACCUAAUUAUACUUGAUCUGUCUCUUCUACUUCUUUGUCAACACUGAUUGAUCAAAUGAGUGAUUUCGUUGAAUUUGAAAAAGCGCGCGCGCGUCCUUUUCACAGUGUUGGCAAACGUACCAAAUAUGAAAGUAUCGCAACAAAUUGAAUUGCCUUUUUCUUAUUAUAUACUAUACUUAAUUAUACCUAUUAAAUGAUGUCUCAAACUUAAUGUAAAUCAAAUUUACGAUUAUCUCCCUUACUCUCCUUAAACGAAGCACCUUUUUUGUAUACAUUAUAUUUAUAUAUACUUAAAUUUAGCAACUCUAAACAUCUACACUUAAAUAUGGGGAAUUUAAAAUAUUUGCGGAAUUUAUUAACGAGCCAGGGCUUUCGCUUCGAAGUGCUUAACUAACUAUGUAGUAACAACAAUUUCGCUUGCCUAGCGCUAUUUCUAACAAAAAAAAACUAAUACAAAAGUCAAGUUAUUGGGCCAGCCUCCGAUUACAUAAUACAUAAUAAUGUUCCGGAGUACAAUUGUUCGCAGUUCAUCAAAUAAAUAUGUAGGUAAAAUAAAUAUAACUAUCAAAAGUAUAUAUAUAUAUAUAUACUAACUAUACUAUAGAGUGCUUUAAACUAUGGUUUACAAAACUUAUUGUAUUUGUAUGAAAACAAAACAACAAAAAACCAACAAGUGUAUUUUUAUGCAAACGCUUUGCCUUAAAAACUAAAUUAUA